AUGGUUUUCAGAUCUCCACUCGACUUCUUCUCAGCCUCCCGCCUCCUCCUGCCGCACUUCGCGGAUGGGCCCUCACCCUUGGCCCGCUCCCGGUCCCCGGAGGAUACUCCCUCCGCCUGCCCACCCAUGGCUCUCCCUGGACUGUGCUUCUCCGCCGCGCAGAUCGCCAGCGUGUGCGAGACUCUGGAGGAGACCGGGGACAUUGAACGGCUGGCCCGCUUCCUCUGGUCGCUCCCGGUGACCGCGGACGGGCGCGACUCCAUCUCCGAGCACGAGUCCGUGCAGAGGGCCCGCGCCGUGGUGGCGUACCACACCGGGAGCUUCCGCGAGCUGUACCACAUCCUGGAGACGCACCGUUUUACGCGCGCGUCGCACGGCAAACUGCAGGCGAUGUGGCUCGAAGCUCACUACCGGGAGGCAGAGAAGCUCCGGGGGCGGCCACUCGGACCCGUGGACAAGUACCGCGUGAGGAAGAAGUUCCCGUUGCCCAGGACCAUCUGGGACGGGGAGCAGAAGACGCACUGUUUCAAGGAGCGGACACGGGGGCUGCUGAGAGAGUGGUACCUGCAGGACCCCUACCCGAACCCGGGGAAGAAGCGGGAGCUGGCCCACGCCACCGGACUGACACCGACUCAAGUUGGGAACUGGUUCAAAAACCGGAGACAGAGAGACCGAGCGGCAGCAGCCAAAAACAGGUUGCAGCACCAUAUGUGUCCAGACGGUUCGCGUGCACUCAGUGGAGGAGAGUGCAGUCCGGACGGGAGCGCAGAUCGCGCGGACGGACACACUCUUCUCUCAGUAACAGACAGUGACUCUGACUUGGAUGUCUGA